UUUAUGUUUUAAAUGAGCAACAUUGUUGUGUACAUUGCUGUGUAUACACACCUUGUACAUGUGAAAUGUAAAACAUAAGCCUCAACCUAGUUAUCAUUAUUAACAUUUUCAACGACUAUGAAAUAUCCAACCAAAUUAGAAAUGUUACUUAUGUGACAGUUAGGAAUGCUGGAGCAAUAAGGGUAACAGUCUUUGUCAAAGACCCAAUGAGAUAGACUUUUACAAUGUAAGCUCAGGGAUUCAAUACAGCAACCUUUCAGUUAGUGUCCCCAUCCUCUUUCUUGUUACCUGCCAACUUAUUAAACCAUCAUUUUCUGUUUCAUUCAUAGUUAAACCAAGCAUCCGACUGGUUAAUGGGACAGACCUCUGCUCUGGGAGGGUGGAGGUCUAUCAAGCUGGCCAGUGGAAAACUGUGUGUGGAGACACAUGGAACCUGCAAGAUGUUAACGUUGUGUGUAGACAGCUGGGUUGUGGAAAAGCGCUGUGGGCCCUACUUUGGCCUACUUUGGUCAGGGCAGUGGGCGCUCUAUCACUCAGUGCUCACGCACAGCACAAAGAACGCAUGAAUGUGGUCAUGGUAACGACGCUGGUGUUGUUUGUUCAGGUAAGUGUAGAAUCUAUUGUCUACACUUCAGUUACAUCAGGAUUUGGUUUGAAAAUUCUGAAAAAUGUAGAAAUGUCUCAUCAAUGGGACAAUCCUGGUAAGCAUUAAGUAUUACUGCCAUAUUGAGCCCUAUUCUGCCACCUAGUGGAGAAAUUACAGUUUCACAAAGUCUGGAACAGAGUAUCUGGCUAAUUCAGUAUAUAGUCCAGCAGACUGUUCCCUCAGUUAAUGUAAGUUCACUGGAUGUUUUGACCUACAGGUUUGGUCUUGCAGAAGCCUUCCCUCUCCAUAGACCCGUCCUAUUCUGACAUCUUACAUGGAGAGCAGGUCCAACUCACCUGCAAUCUCCCAACCCUCAUCCCAUGUAAUGCUGUAGAAUUCAUCUUCAACCUGAAUGGAGACUUUGUCAUGAAUGUAACUGUUGGAUCCUCACAGUCCAGAGUUAUGUUAACCCAGUUUAAAAUGGAUGCUUCACAUCAGGGCAGAUACAGCUGUCUCUAUAGAACCACCUCUAAUGGCCAGGCCGUCAGCUCUCCUUACAGUAACUCAACUGAAGUGGUCCUUCUACAUCCAAAAAUCUCCCUCAGCGUUUCAAAUGUUUCGAUGUUCUGGGGAUCUAAGGGGCCAAAGGUCACCAGGGGCCACAGCUUCUCCAUCACCUGCUCCAUUCAGCCACGGUAUCCUGGAGGUCUCUUCCAUCUGGACUUCUCUGGCUCCAACAGGACUGAGACUAAGCCAGCAGUCAACCACUCUGCCUCCUUUCACUUCCCUUUUGCAGAGUAUAAACAUGAGGGGAACUACAGAUGUAGCUAUGAAGUCAAUGUUUCCACUUGGGCAUUAGGGUCAGCUAAGAGUAAUCUGACUGUCACCAUUAGAGCAUCCAUGGUCCCCUUCAUUGCCUCUGGAGGGACUGGUGGGCUGGUACUGCUGUCACUGUUUCUGGUUGUCCUCUAUCUAGUCAGGAAGAGGACAAGGGGGAGCAGGAAUCCAUCUACAGAGACCAACCAGAGAGAAUGUAUCAAUAACAGAUACGACAGAGGCCGAGAAGAAGGAGACUAUGUGAAUGUUGAAAAUGUCCUUUACCAGAGAGGCCCUGAAAAAGUGAAUUAUGGUGUUAAAGGAGUUCUACCUGGGUUUCGUGUUACUACAAACAGUUACGAUGAGGAAGAUGAUCAUGAUUACAUUAAUGUCUCCAUUCAGGACAUUGCUCAUGACAUGAAUGAGGACAUUUAUGAAAACUGUUAGGAAAAUUAAUAGCAGACUGAGUUAUUUCUGACUCAA